AUGGCGUCACUUUCUAGAUAUAAUAUAGCAUUAUUUGAUGGAUUGUUAAAUGAUAAUUUAAAUGAACGUGCUGAAGUGAUUAGACUAAUUAAUCGAUGGGCAAAAACCUGUGCAAAAAAGUGCUAUCCUCAACAAAUAAGCGAUAUUACCACUAAGAAUAAUAAAACUUCUAUUCCUUCACCAAUAUUCACUGAUGAUUCAACUUCUGUUGCCUCAGUAUCUUCUUACAAUGCCUCACCAAACGUAAAAGAAGAUGUUCCUAAUCAUAAUGUACAACAAGAAGAAAAUGUUAAAAUAAAUGCAAACAUAAUUGCAGAAGGUAAUUUUAAAAAUUAUAAUGAUAUAAUACGAGAAAAACAAGUGGAGGAAGAUGAAGAUAAUUCUAUAAAAGAUCAAAAAGAUAUGCUAAGAUUAUCAAUUCUAACAAUCUUAAGAAUGUCAAUUGAUUGUCCUUUUCAAGAUGUUAGACGUUCUUUUAGAAAACUUCUUGAUAAAUUAAAGAAUAUUGGUGUUCCUGUUCCGUUACCAAUCCAUCCAAAUCCAUCAUUUUACAUUCCGUCUGAAGAUAUUCUAACAUUGGAAUGGCCACAAACCGAAUAUUACUCAUCAGCAACAACAUCCACACCCUCAUUUUUAAAAUCCCCCACUUCAUCAAUUACUUCAUCAACUGCUUCCUCCUCAUUUGAUGACGGCUAUCUAACAAGAAUCGAUCCACCACCAAACACUCCAAUUGUUUCUACUGCUAGCAUGAGCACUAAUAACGACAGUGAUAAAGAAGCGGAGAAUAAUUCUUCCAUCUUGUCAUCACAUCUAAUCACGUCAUCAAUUGCUGUUAAACAACCUGAUGAUUUAACAAGGAAAUUGUUGGUAACCACUUUCGUGAAAAUUGGCAGGCUAAGCCAUUUCUACAGAGUUUUAUCUUAUUUUCCUAGUUUCAUGGAAAAGUUUCAAAGAACUUAUAACGAAAUAAUUAGAAAUUCUACUGUUCUACAAAAGGAGUGGAAAUUCUAUAUCGGAAUUAUGGCAGCAUCACAGCAUAAAUGUCAAUAUUUGGUUUCAUUAUUAAGAAAUGAAUAUUUAAUAAUAGGCGGUGACCCAAAAUGGUUAGAAUCAUUGGAUAAUGCUCCCAGGAAAAUAAGAAACCUUUCAGCUCUAAAUACAAUCCUGGCACAUCAACCUUGGCGUUUAAAACCACUAGAUAUCGCCAGAUUGAUUAAAGGUUCAAAGGAUCGUCAAGAUAAUUGGGCAAUUACGGAAAUUGUUCAUGUCAUUUUGUUAUUAUCUACAUUUCACAGUAUGAGUAGUUAUGUGUUGGGCUGUGGAAUAGUACCCGAAUAUGAUAGUAUUGGUGGCAAUUAUGAAGAUGUAUCGUUUAAUAAUGCUGACAACGUUGAUGGCGGCAAUAGCGAUUAUAAAGCCAUUGGACUUUUGGGUGAUAUUGAAGAAAUUAAUCCAGACGUAGGUGCUGGUUUAGGUGUUAAACUCACAAUAGACGAUGAUUCUUCUAUUCAUUCAAUCAAAGAUAUUGAUGACGGUGAUAUUAAUAAUAGUAAUAUUGAAACUUUUACAAGCGAUUCUCCAAAUGACCCAUUUCCUUCGUCCUUUUUUGCAGAUCAACAACCAUCAUCCUCAUCGUUAUCUGUACAUGGCCACGACUUUAGAAACAACACUGAUAGUCAAUUUCUUCCUUCGUUGCCAUCAGUUCCACAACUUUCAAACCAGCACGUUGAAGAUUUCUCAAGAUUUGCUGAUUCAUCGGUCGAGAUUUCAUAUGAAGAUUUCAAUAUAAACAGUGACGAAUAUUCUGUGUUCAAAUUACAGGACUAUUGUUGGAAAGAUCAUGGCGCACUAAUGGUAAAUAAUUUUUUGCCAGGUCUAGGUGAUUUGCUGGAUGAUGAAUUCCAAGAAGCCAAAGAACUUAACGACUAUUAUAGCCUAUUCCAAUCAUAUACACAACAAAAUAAUGAUUUGGAUGUGGCUCCAUUACGACAAGCAAUCUGGUAUUACGUGCAACGAUUAUAUGGGUUAUCAAAAGAUGAUUAUGAUUAUAGUGACAUAAGAAAUUUGUUGAAUUCCAAAUUUAAAAUGUUCCUUAAAAAAGUUUGUUGUACACCAGAAAACUUAACUAUCAACGAUUGGAGAAAUGUCGGGUUUCAAUUGCGAUCUGAAGAAAAAUGCCAUGUCAAUUUGAUUGCCAUUGAGUCAAGGAAACAAUCUGAGCUUAUUUAUGGAUUAUGGUGUGUGAUGAAGUGUCAAAAUGGUAAAUAUGAUUUACAGGAUGAUGAUCAAAAAUAA